UGUCGAAUCACUUCAACUAUACCAUGGCUGUGGUAAUGGCCGCUGGAGGGACCUUCGGCUACUUGAAAAGCCGCUCUUUACCCAGCUUGGUUUCCGGUUUGGGUUUUGGUUUGCUCUAUGGAGUGGCAGGAUACCUUCAUGGAGAAGAAGGACACAUUAUCGCUGCGGGGACAAGCAUAGCUGUUCUAGCCGUUAUGGGAAGUCGAUUGAGAAAAACAAGAAAGUUUUUCCCUGCAGGUUUUAUAACGGGGUGCUCUGCUUUAUGCCUUGGAUACAAUUCUUAUAGACUAUACGGAUAUUACUACUAA